AUGUCUGGCUACGAAGUCGAACACAACAUCAAAGAGGAGAAGAAGAACGAGGCACCGCCCCGCCGUCCCGAUCUAUCCACCUUCUUCACCACUCUCGACCUCGUUGAUACCAGCGGAGACCGUCACCCUCAGAAUGCCCAUUCUUUACCGCUGCCCGGCGACGUCUCGGCAGCUUUCCGCAGUCUCGCAAAUGCCUUCUCCAUGAUGCAGGGCGGUGGCCAUGGCCAAUCGCAAGACAACACUGAUCAGCUGCUGAGCCGUAUGGUCGAAGAGUUGAUGCAAGAGUCGGAGAAUCCUCCACGAGAGGUCAAGGGUGUCUCGGACGAAUUCCUCGCACAGUUGGACAGAGUGCCAAAGUCGAGCUUGAAGGACAAGGACUGUCCCAUCUGCGGCAACCCUUUCCUUGAAGACUCACACCCACUCGUCGUCCAACUCCCUUGCCACAAAGACCACAUCUUCGACCUAGAGUGCAUCUCCCCUUGGCUCAAGCUCAAUCCCACUUGCCCCCUCGACAGAAAAGAGUUGGUCAAGAAGAGAGCCCCUACACCGCCCCCUGACGAGGAAGACGGGGAAUACGACGACAUGUAUGCAUGA